AUGAUAUUAUUUGAAGAUGUUGUAAAAUCAUUUAUUGAUAAUAUGAAUGAUUAUUUAAUGAUUAUAGUUUCAUUCUUUGGUAGUUUAUUAUUAUUAUUAAUUGGACCAUUUUUAAAUUUAAUUAAUAUUACAAAGAAUAAAACUAAAUUUGGUACACCAAAAACAAUUGUUAUCACUGGAAGUAAUAGUGGUAUGGGUAGAGGUAUUGCAAUUGCAUAUGCAAAACCAGGUGUAACAUUAGGUUUAAUCGGUAGAAACAUUGAAAGAUUACAAGACGUUAAAAAUGAAUGUAUUAAAAAAGGUGCCAAUGUUAUCAUUGAAUCAAUUGAUAUCACUGAUAAAGAAAAAAUGAAUAAUUGGUUAUUAUCAUUUGAUAAAAAGUAUACUGUUGAUAUUUUAAUUGCAAAUGCUGCUGUAAGUGAAUUAAUGUUACCAAAAGAAUUAAAUUUUAAUGAUAGAACAUAUGAACUUACAAAUAUAAAUGUAAUGGGUAUGUUAAAUACAGCAUUACCAUUAAUUGAAAAUUUUGAAAAAAGGGGUAAUGGUCAAAUUGUUUUAGUAUCAAGUUUAACUAGUUAUUUGAAUUUUGUAUUACCAACUUAUUGUGGAUCAAAAGCAUUUGUAACAUCAUUUGGAUUAACAUUAAGAAAUAGAUUAAAGGAUAGUGGUGUUGGUGUUUCAAUUGUUGCACCUGGUUUUGUUGAUACUCCAAUGUCUGAUUCAUUGAAACAAGAUUCAUUACCAUUCUCUGUUACACCAAAUCAAGCUGCUACAAUAAUAUUAGAUGGUAUUAGUAAGAAUAAAGCUUUUAUUGCUUUCUCAUUACCAACUUUAUUAUUCACCUACUUUGUAAAUAUUAUCCCACCAAAUCUUAAAGAUUCUUGGAAUUAUAUAAGUACAUUUUUCUUUAAACAUCCAGAAUUUAAUCCUCCAAAUACUAGUAAUAGUAAUAGUAAUAAUACAGAUUCUUCAUCUUCAAAAUUUAAAAAAAAUUAA